AUGAAUAAAUAUUAUUCUCUCAUUUUUUUCUUUCUUCUGUCCUGUCGAAAUUCACUUGAUGACGUCAUUUCCUUCUCAAACGAACUGAGACGCGGCAAUCUAUUUCCGGAUACAUUAUCAAAUCGGAGAAAUGUGCUUUUGGAAUACGUAUUCCGCAAUGCCAAUCCGACGCUCCUCUUGCGCGCAAUUCGUCGCUUCUUUUGUGCGCAAUCCGACGCUCCUCUUGCGCGCAAUCCGACGCUCCUCUUGCGCGCAGGCCGUCUACGCGGCCGUCGGUCGCGUAGCCCUGGUAAGCGUUUAACCCGAAAGGCUCGAAGUCCGAGAACUGCGGGCGACUCUCUGCGCGCAAUCCGACCCUCCUCGUGCGCGCAGUCCCGUUCCUCUGCUUUGGUGGCGGUCUCCUCUUGCACGCAAUCCGACGCUCCUCUUGCGCGCGAUCGGUCGCGUAACACGUGGUACGCGACCGUCUACGCGGCCGUCGGUCGCGUAGCCCUGGAAAGGUUUAACCCGAAGGCUCGAAGUCCGAUAACUGCGGGUGACUCUCUGCGCGCAAUCCGACCCUCCUCGUGCGCGCAGUCCGUUCUCUGCUGGUGGCGGUCGUCUACACAGCCGGCCGUCGGUCGCGUAGCAGUGGUAAGCGUUUAA